UUCUGCAGUACAGAGUGGGAGGAGCUGGGUAGUUGUCAGAAGAACGAUGAGCAGGAGGAAAGCCCCAGCACUAUGGAGGCCUGUCUCAGUGCUCUGGAUGAGCAGGAGGAGAAGAGUGACCAGCCUGACCCACAGCAGACACAGUUGUAUGAAGAGGCAGCAGAGGGGUUACACCUGUUAUCAGACCAGCUUCCCCCUCCAGGAAAAGCUCUGUUAGAUGUGAUAUUUCUGGGUUUUGCUGAAGAAGCUCCUAAGCUGAAGGACUUCCUCCCUGUGAUUGGCUCGUUGAAACACAUGCAGACAUGGCACACAGCCAAGAUGACCAUAGUGACUGAACACCAAGCUGGGUGGCAAAAGCCAGCCUCUAACCUGUCAGCCAGAGUAGUACAUCCCAGUAGCAUCAUGACCUGUAUUGAUGAGAGGGAGUUAUGGAGAGGAGGUGUUCUCAUCAGAGAGAAAAAG